UACUCCACGGCACUGAUUUGUAUGAGAAAGGCUCUCGUGAACGGAACGAAUGUAGAAAACGCGUUUACACCGGGAGUGUUUUUGUUAACAGAGAAGUUUAGGCUAUUAAAACGCGGCUUUAUUUUGGAACGAAUCGCUGGAGCGGGAACAAGGAGAGGAAAUACGAGACGCUUGCAUUUAUUCCCUCAGCCAUUUUGCCUGCGCCCGGCCGAGGGCUAUUUAUUCUCGGUAUGCAACCCAACCGCGAGUCCGUGCCAAACAAGUGAAGCGGAGAUGGGUCUGCUCUUCAAGAUCUGAACUGAACUGUUUCCAGCGCUGCAUUGCUCGUGUUGACUGGAGGGGGAGAAAAGAAUGGAGUGCUACCUGUUGGGGAUUUACCUGUUCCUCGCGCUCGCCCUGCUGCCCAGGUCAAGCGGCACCACGGCCAAGGAGAUCACCUGUCAGGAGAUAGCCGUUCCUCUGUGCAAGGGCAUCGGCUACAACUACACCUACAUGCCCAACCAGUUCAACCACGACACGCAGGACGAAGCCGGCUUGGAGGUGCACCAGUUCUGGCCUCUGGUGGAGAUCCAGUGCUCUCCAGAUCUCAAGUUCUUCCUGUGCAGCAUGUACACCCCCAUAUGCCUGGAGGACUAUAAGAAACCCCUGCCGCCGUGCCGGAGCGUGUGCGAGAGAGCCAAGGCGGGCUGCGCCCCGCUCAUGCGGCAGUACGGCUUCCCUUGGCCGGAUCGCAUGAGGUGCGAUCUGCUGCCCGUUCAGGGCGCACCAGACACGCUGUGCAUGGACUACAACCGAACCGACUCCACCACGGUGUCGCCGGUGUUGUCCAAACCCACCAACUACCCCAGCAAAGCCUUCAAUCCGCACAAAAAGAAAAGCGGACGAACGGGUGUCGGACCCAAAGCGAGUAAGCCCUGCGAGCCGGGCUGCCAGUGCCGCGCGCCGAUGGUGGCGGUGAACAGCGACCGACACCCGCUGUACAACCGCGUCAAGACGGGUCAGAUCCCGAACUGCGCCAUGCCGUGUCACAACCCGUAUUUCACCCAGGACGAGCGGACUUUCACGGCCUUCUGGAUCGGACUCUGGUCGGUGUUAUGCUUCAUAUCCACUUUUGCCACCGUCGCUACCUUUCUAAUCGACAUGGAGCGCUUUAAAUACCCCGAGCGCCCGAUUAUUUUCCUCUCGGCGUGUUAUAUGUUUGUGUCGAUCGGCUACAUUGUGCGACUGAUUGCCGGGCACGACAAAGUGGCGUGUAACCGGGAGUACGACGUGGAGCACAUCCACUACGAGACCACCGGCCCCGCGUUGUGCACCGUAGUGUUUUUGUUGAUCUACUUCUUCGGGAUGGCCAGCUCGAUAUGGUGGGUCAUUCUCUCGCUCACCUGGUUCCUCGCGGCGGGCAUGAAGUGGGGCAACGAGGCCAUCGCGGGCUACUCUCAGUACUUCCACCUGGCCGCCUGGCUCAUCCCGUCCAUGAAGUCCAUCGCCGUGCUCGCGCUGAGCUCGGUGGACGGCGACCCGGUCGCCGGGAUCUGCUACGUGGGCAACCAGAACUUGGACAACCUGCGGGGCUUCGUGCUCGCGCCGCUAGUGAUCUACCUGUUCAUCGGCACCAUGUUCCUUUUGGCUGGAUUCGUGUCGCUGUUCAGGAUCAGAAGCGUCAUUAAGCAGGGUGGCACUAAAACGGACAAACUCGAGAAGCUGAUGAUCCGGAUCGGGAUCUUCACGGUGCUCUACACGGUUCCCGCCACCAUCAUCGUGGCGUGUUACUUCUACGAGCAGCAUAACAGACAGAGCUGGGAGAUCACUCAUAACUGUUCGUGUUUAUUGGAGCAGGAGAUCAAGAGGCCGGACUAUGCCGUCUUCAUGCUCAAAUACUUCAUGUGCCUUCUGGUGGGCAUCACCUCUGGAGUUUGGACCUGGUCCGGUAAGACCCUGGAGUCCUGGAGGAGUUUCUGCACGCGCUGCUGCUGGGGCAGCAAGGGCUCCGGUGGCUCCAUGUACAGUGACGUGAGCACGGGAUUAACGUGGAGGUCCGGUACCGCCAGCUCGGUGUCCUGCCCCAAGCAGAUGCCUUUGUCCCAGGUCUGAAACGAGAAAACCCUCUUAAUUGUCGGGGGGUCUCUUAGUCUUUUCAGUCGUUUGCAUACAAAUGAACUUGUUGAUGGUUUCUAUUAGCGGACGAACUGGUUGAAACAAUGCAGCGAUGCAGAAACAAUUACGUUGCGCUAAUUCCAUUCUAUUGAUAUGGACAUGACAUGCAAUCAGUCAUUCUUAAGGAGAAUUUGGGCAUUACAUUGUUCCUAGUUGAGUGAGACAUGUCCCCAACUUGCAGCAUUUCGUGUCAUUUACUUUUACGCGUUGUUGGAAGACAACUUUUGAAUUGUCUGAACAAUCAAAGAUGGUUUAAACAAGCCUUAAUGUUUUAGUGCCCUAUUAUUGUUAUUGUUAUUAUAUACGGGUUGUUGUUGUUCCUUUUGUUUUUUUUAAAUUGCGAAAUGUAUUUAUAUAAACUUGUAAAUGGUGUAUAAAAGAUGAUUUAUAAGAUUAUUGUAAAUUUGUAUAUAGUGUAGAUGCCACAUUCAAAGCAAAUAUGACUUUUAUUUUGACAAUAAAAACUUUUUGAGGAAUCUGAA